GACGCAAUAAAUUAUAUAGCUUAAGAAAACAGGCAAUAAAUGAUUAUUACUAGGCAACGAAAUAAAUUUUGACAAUGAUGACAAUACAUAAGAGUUCCUUGCUUGCUUGUUCGGAUGCUAGUUUUUUUGUAGGAGGCACUAUUCCCUUUUUGUAUAGUCGAGGGAGUACGUAACUGGGUCACUGCAUUAGGCUAGAGCAGGCCAUUUGAGUAAGAAAUUCGGCCUUUUGUAUGACUCAGCCCACUAGCCCAGCCCCGGCAAAGCCUCACAUCCAUCCGGAGGGCGCAGCCCGUCGCUCCUUCUCGCCGGUCGCCGCCGCCCCCCUCUCAUCGUCCAAGGCUGCCUCCAUGCACGCCGCCGCCGCCAUGCCCUCCCGCUGCUGGUCCAGACUCCAAAGCCCUCACUCCUCCCGAGCGAACACCCAACUCACCCCUCGAUUGCUGUCUGUCCUGUUUCUGUUUGGAAUGCCGCUUCUUUGGCUGCUUCCAUUCCAUGGCGGAAAAAUCGCAGCCUUUCUGGAUUUGCAUCGGUUAUCUCUUUGCCUGUGCGGGUGGAGCUAAGCUGCCCACGUCCUGCACGCUGUCCCCGUCUCCCCGACGGAUACGCCCAGCCCAGUCGACGACAGGGGAGCAACACAACAGUGAUGUAGAUGGAUUCAGAUUCAGUGAUGCAGGAAGCUUCUCCUGAAUUACUAGACAUGUAGACAUGAUGACAAUUCGAGUAAUCAACUUGAGUGUCGGUAAUAGUCGCUGGCUCCAAGGUUGUCGACUUGUCGUGGUCAGUUUCACCGAAUAGAUCUGCCCAAUCUAGACUUGCUAGGAUUCAAAUAGGAGUUUAGUUUGCUAGUAUUUCUCUACUGAUUAAUCAAUUGAGUUUUAUUUGAUAAUUCCUUUCUUAUUUCCACACAAUGGUGCCAAAACUAAACAACGAAAAUCUUGCUUUCUAGGUGAAUGGUACAAAGGCACAUCCCUAUCGUCUUGGCAUACCCUUGGAGCAGCUGACUUGACUUUGUGUGUCUGCUGCACUAGGUGCUUGUAUAAAGUGUGUCCUUUACGAAGCCAGAGGGCACAUGUCAUCUGCCUUAUCUGGAGCACACUUAGGCUUUAGGGGGAGGGAGGAAGGGAUAUCAGUUCGUCGAUCCAUCCAGGGGAUGGCUAACUACACGGCCUAUUGCAUCGCUUUGAAGGCUAAGGAUCAUCAUGAUCUCAGGGAUAUGCAUAGCUUAUCAGCUUGUGCAAAGUACCUUUGGAGCACUUCUAGGGCAACAGUGAUCCGCAAUGAGGUACUUGUCGUAUUGUCUGCCAUCAGCCUGUUGUUCAUGACCACCUUUGGGCCCUUGCGCCGCCGGAGCAGAAACUCGUUUGUACAGAAUGGUUUCAUGGUUGCAUACACUUUGUCCUCGUCCCUGAUAUCAUACACACUUGGUUCAAUGUACUCAUCUGCAGUAAAGAGCAGCAUGUAUCCCAUUUGGGCCUCAUCCCUGUAUCUCCUCUUUUGUUCUGCGGACUCUAUUACAUCUUAUUGUCUCAAUGGCAACAAUCAACAAAAGGAACAGCUUAUUUUGUUUCUUCUUUUCCAAAUAUAUGUCAGCCAAAUAACUAAUGGAUCUGAUUCUAAUGGCUCUCUAGUUUUUUCGGUAGCUGCUUUUAAAUUUAUGGAACGAUUCUGGGCAUACCAGCUGGCCACCGGAUCAUGGAAUUUGAACAAAAUGGUUGCUGACUACAUGUAUGAGGAACAAUCCAGAAGUGGCUCAUCUUAUGAUCCAACCAGCAUGAAAGGUUAUCAUUACUUAGUUGAUUGGCCCUUGGAUGAGUCAAAACUGGAAGCAAGGAUGUCAUAUGCAAAGGAAUUAACAGUGGAUGAUGCACAGAUCAUUGACAUAGAGAGGAUAUUUAUGUGCAGUGAACUAAGCUCCGAGCUGAAGGAUGUAUGCCUUUCCUUCUCUCUUUUUCUUCUGCUGAGAAGGCGCUUCUUUGGGUUUGUCUGCGUUGAAGCUUCACAGCGAAAGACACAUGAUUUUGUCUUCAAGGGGGUUUUGUCAAAGAAUCAGGACGGAACCCUCAAUUACGACAGGAUCUUCAGGUUGAUUGAGGUUGAGUUAGCUUUUAUGUAUGAUUUCUUCUUCACCAAGUAUGCUGUUCUUUACUAUGGAUCUAAAAAGGUUUCAGCAAUUUGGUCCCUGGCAUCAGCCAGCUUCAUGUCUGUGACAAUCUACAAGCUGAUAGAAAGUGUUCUUUCUAACCAGAAUCGGUCUGAAUUCGUGGGCACAACAACAUCUGAUGUUACAACAACAUCUGAUGUUGUUGUAACAAUACUGAUAGUAGCAUGCAUUGUUUUGCUUGAGUUUAUCCAAGUAUUACUUUUUUUUAGCACCAUUUGGUGCAGAGUAUCAUUUGUUUGCCAUUAUGUUCGAGAACAAGCAACGAACACAAGGAGAGGCUUCUGCAUGAAACUGUUUCAAAAGUUCUGCUGCAUGAGAUUCAGGGAGAUUAUUCUUAACAUGGCUAUUGGUAUCACCAGGUCAAGGUCAAGCGAAUACUACUACCAAAAUAAACUUGGGCAAUACUCCUUGCUUGAAUCAGUGAUUAGUUGCAAGUACAAGCAGAGUCCACGUAAGGUAUGGUUUCACAGGUUUAUGCAUCGAUAUUGUAGUCUUAUAGUGGCUCCAGACUUUGGGUACCUUUGUAAUACAAACAAAGACUUUAUUCACGCACAACGUAUCCGCAAGAAACAUGUGAAACCUGCAGCUAUCAAGAUACCAGUAGAAGUAAAAAAGGCAGUUGUCCAUUCCCUCCAGCGUACACAGGGUGUCCUAGCGAAUGGAGAAUCGUCAUUAGUGUACAAUGAGGUGCAUGACCUCUUAUGGGCUUGCAGGCACAAUAUGCUCUCAGACCCAGGCACCAACUGUUACCUGGACAAGGAGAAUCAGACACACAUCAUUUUGACUUGGCACAUUGCAACGUGUUACUGCGAGGUGCAAACAUUGAAAUGCCUUUAUCCUAGAGUUGGGGGGGCACUCAAGUUACAUCUUGACAUCGCAACCAUACUGUCAAAGUACUGUGCAUACCUGGUGGUCUCAGCACCGAAGUUGCUUCCUGGGAACUACUAUGAUUCUAGCCUUGUGUUUGAUGCAGUAGCAGUGGAAGCUGCACAGUUUCUGCAGAAAGUGGAAGACAAGUAUGAAGCCUUGAGAAGUUUGCCUGUAUCAACAGAAACCUCCAUCUUACAGAGGGGGAUGAAGUUGGCGAGGCAGCUCGAGGAGAUGGAAUGUGACAAGUGUUGGAAGGUGCUUGCGGAUUUCUGGGCAGAGAUGUUGCUCUAUAUCGCGCCUUCGGAAAAUGUGAAUGAGCAUUUCGAGGCACUGGCAAAUGGAGGGGAGUUUAUAACACACUGGUGGGCAUUGCUCACCCACGCUGGCAUUCUAGAGAGGGCUCCAAGGAAUGUCAACAAUGACAUAGAAAAUCAAUGGGAAGGAUCAUCAUCAUAUGGUUGCCCAUCUACAACUCAGGCUGCAGCUGCAGCCUGUGCCACAAAUCAACAGCCAAUGGCUGGGGACCGUACUGUGCAACUGAUUGAAAUGAAUGUCGGAGACAUAGAAGAUGCUAAGACUGACAGGCAUUAUCCUGGAGAGAUUUCAUAUGGUGCUGCUUUAAGGCUUCGUCGUGCGAACUCCUACAUUAGCAAGUGUAGAGAAGCUGCUACCUUAGCCACCAGCGCCACGAUUAAACCAGCAAUACGUGGAAACUGUGAGCAAGUGAGGAUGAUGAUUCGGCAACAAGCAUAUCUAGGUCAAAAUGUGGAACUCGCAAGUCCCAGCGCAAGCACUGCUCCAAGUGAGAACAAAGAGAUUGAAAUUGUAAUAGCAUGUUCCUGCCAAGUUGGGCUACAGGAAGAAUACAUUGUUUGCUCCAACUAUCGCACUUGGCAAAAUCUCAUUAUUACUGGCAACAGCUGCACCUGGGUUGGAUACUGGAGAAGGUUGCCUGAAGAGACUACUGAAGCUAAGCUACUGAUGCGUUAUUUGGUUCAGUUAAUCAGUUGUAUCCUCUGCCCUUGUAGGCUGUUGUACCUCACCUGUGUCAGCAACAUUUUUGUGAAUCUAAAACAGUUAGCACAUCAACAAUGCUGACAGACUAGAACCGGGCUUUGCCGGUCUGGAUGUACUGCUUACGUGCAUUGAUGCUAGUGUGGACAGCAAAUCUCUGCACUGCAUCAUCAGACUGUGUUCUUGAAUGAAAACUCUGGAGAGCUGGGACGCAAAGACAUCUGUCCGAGCCAACUGCAGAAGAUGGAAGACGGUUCAGACUGGAAAAUAGCAGCAUGUCAUCUUAGAGAUUUUGUGAUAUUGGCAGCAUGCAUCCAGUCUGUGUAAAUGUCAUGUGAUUCAAAGAGAACUAACUGGAAAAAGAAGUUCUGUAUGACGGCAGCACCUUAGGCAGCUGGGCUCUCGUGGAGUUCCCUAUGGUGUGCAUGGCAUCAACCGCAGAGCUAAGAGCGUUUCUUAUCCCUUGAAUAUCUGCCUGAAAACAUGAGGUCUCAGUAUUUCAAGAUGAGAAGCAACAGAUUGACGAAACUUAGUUCCUGGUUUAUGGAACACCAACCACUGCUCCAUCGGAGACAGGAAGGCGCAGGACGGUGGCAGUCAGAGCCUGUGUAGUUCCUGACAAAGAAUGGGCAUGGCCCCUCUCCAAGAAGGGCCAUUCUUCCAGGUAUUUCAUCUGCGUUUUUUAGCCCCAGGAAGUCAGGAGGAGGGGUCAGUCAAUGACCCGACCCCUACUGGUUAAUGUAAAUACAUACGUAGGAAUAAAAAGAAGAUAGCUUGUACUUUCAUCUGCAUAUUGUAAUUUUAUCAGAUUUUGUGCGGACAAUGUGUACUCAGAACGAAUCUAGUGUCAUAAAUUAGCGAUUAGUUACUCCAGCGCGGCAAACUGGGUGUACGAGCUUUAACCUUUAAGAUAGCAAUUAUAGUUGCAUCUUCAUGAACCAUGUCAUGGCCAUUUUAAUUUGCAAGCUAGUAUGAAGUCCGUUUUAUCAGUGA